AUGGCUUUCCUGCCACUGCUAGUUGUCGCAGUCAUGUUGCACCUAGCCUCUACAUCAGCGCAGUCUGGCCCCGGAUGCAAAACACAAUGUGGUGAUGUCGACAUCCCUUAUCCGUUUGGUAUUGGUAUUGGUACUGGCUGUGCUAUUAGAGACUUUGAGAUCAUCUGCAGGAGGACUGCUAAUGGAAUCUACAAGCCAUUCUUGUUCGUUCGGAAUGUGGAGGUUCUAAGCAUCUCAGUGCCCCUCGGUCAAGUCCGAGUUUUAUCCGACAUCUCGACAUACUGCUACAAUACAAGUACAAGAUCAAUGGUACAGAAAGCUUGGUCCCUUGACUUCUCACGAAGCCCGUACCGCUUCUCCUAUCUACACAACAAGCUCAUAGUUAUUGGAUGCAACACGCUCGCAUACAUCAACAACUUGGGAAGCAGUGCAAGGUAUACGACAGCAUGCGCAGCAGUGUGUGAGAGCCCGGCAGCACUGACAAACGGUUCUUGUGUUGGCGCAGGCUGCUGCCAAAAUGAUAUACCAAAGGAUCUAAGGGGCUAUAUGUUCACAUUUUAUGAUGUUUACAAUAAUUCCAACAGUACGCUUUUCAACCCAUGUAGCUACGCCGCCAUGGUGGAGACAGAGACAUUUAGUUUCAGCUCGGACUUCAUAACCACUACAAGGUUCAAUGAUACUGACGAUGGGCGGAAGCCACUGGUGCUGGACUGGGUGGUCGGAAAUGCAACUUGUGAAGUGGCCAGAGACAUGCCUUCUUACGCGUGCCAUAGCAGGAACAGCAUGUGUGUGAACUCGACUAACGGCCAAGGGUAUCUAUGCAACUGCACCGACGGAUAUGAAGGGAACCCUUACCUCUUUGACGGAUGCAGAGGCAAGUUCAUUUCUUUACUUGAUCCCUAUGUCAAUGAAUGUGAGAAGAAUUCAAGUAUAUGCCCGAAGUCUGCAACAUGCCACAACACUAUUGGAGGGUAUUAUUGUUCAUGUUCUCCAGGAAGAAAGUUUGUAACGGAAACAAAGUCUUGUAACCCAGACAUAGGUAAACCACUAGGCAUUAGCAUUGGCGUUGUCAUUCUAGUGAUUAUCAUCUUCUGCAUACGUGUAAUAUUUGAGAGAAGAAAGCUUGCGAAUGUCAAAAAACAGUAUUUUCAGCAGCACGGAGGGAUGCUAUUGUUUGAGAAGAUGAAAUCAGAUCAGGGACUUUCAUUUACAGUGUUUACUGAAGCAGAACUGAAACAAGCAACAAAUGAAUUUGACGAAAACCAGAUUCUUGGACAUGGAGGCAAUGGCACUGUGUACAAGGGAAUAAUUAAGGAUAUCACUGAAGUGGCAAUUAAAAGGUGUGCAUUGGUUGAUGAUAGGCAGAAGAAGGAAUUUGGCAAAGAAAUGUUGAUUCUUUCCCAUAUCAAUCACAAGAACAUUGUCAAGCUAUUGGGAUGUUGCCUUGAGGUGGAAGUCCCCAUGCUAGUAUAUGAGUUCAUCCCAAAAGGAACAUUGUUUGAUCUUAUUCACGGCAAGAACAGUAAACCGCAUCUCCCUUUCAGUUCUCUUCUAAGGAUCGUCAAUGAGGCAGCUGAGGGGCUUGCAUUUUUACAUUCCUACGCAAACCCACCAAUUCUACAUGGUGAUGUGAAAACCUCUAACAUCCUUCUUGAUGAGAAUUACAUGGCAAAGGUGUCAGAUUUUGGGGCUUCUAUAAUAGCACCAAUUGACAAAGCCCAGUUCGUCACAAUGGUUCAAGGGACAUGUGGUUAUCUGGACCCUGAAUAUAUGCAGACAUGUUGCUUGACAGACAAAAGCGACGUUUAUAGCUUCGGUGUUGUUCUUCUAGAGAUCCUAACAGGGGAGGAGCCACUGAAACUUGAAGGUCCUGAGAUAUGCCGGAGCCUGUCGUCGAGUUUCCUGCUGGCUAUGAAGGGGAACAAUCUUGAUAAUAUGCUCGACAAUCAAAUAAAAGAUCAUGAGAAUAUGGAGUUGAUUGUAGGGGUAGCAGAUCUAGCUAGGCAAUGCUUGGAAAUGUGCAGUGACAAUAGGCCCUCGAUGAAAGAGGUAUCUGAGGAGCUUAGCAGAUUAAGGAAGUUUUCGAGGCAUCCUUGGAUACAGCGUGAUACUGAGAGAGAUAGCUUUCUCGGUCUGAUUGAAACAGAACAAAGCUCUGAGUGCACAGAGAAGGAUGAAAGAAUGCCCAUAAAUCCAAGCAGUUUUUACCUUAUGAGGUGA